AUGCCUCCACGCGUCUCGGGCGAUAAUAUCCCGCACGACAUAUGGGAAAGGAUCGCGUUCUUUGCGAAUGUGUCAGAUGAGGCGUCUUCGUUUCUUGGACCGCCAUCGGCCAUUUCCACUUUGGCUUUGUUGUCGCGCCGCGUCCACGAGGCCGUAUCCAAGAAAUCCAAUCCCCACCUCUACGCAAAGAUUUUCCGUUGCAAGUUUGAUGCCUCUGCGGCGACGCGGCGUUUCUCCGAGCGGUGGUUGACGAGUCGGUGUUUGACGUCGGAAUUGGUCAAACGCUUCAAGGCGUUAAAGCGUAUCAAAGCUGGUCAGUUUGAUGUGAAGGAUCUUUGGACCGCGUAUAUGAUGAUCCUGGAAGACGACGGGAAGAACAAAGCCCAGUUGCUAGAAUACGCUGGCUUCGACAAAUGGUUCAGGAAUCCGAUGGUCGAUGCUCUCGUUCUUUGGCUAUUAUGGAGUAUCAGCGACCGAGAUCAACCUCGACGCGAGCCUCAUGAGUAUAGAGAGUGCCUGAUUGGAAUCCUUCACUCUGUUGUUAUUUCUGGAUACAGACACUCUUCCGUUUACGCAUCAGAUCGUCUUUUCACGCUUCCUCUAGGUCAAGAACGCGCUAUCUCAAUGCCUGGAACGUUCUCUCCCCCUGUGUGCGAACUCAUACACUAUUCACAUCCGCUAAAAAUAGUCGCUCCCGUCAUCUCGUCUGCUGCGACGCUUUUGUUAGCGUUGCAGACGGAAGCUUUCCAAGACGAAAACAGUUUCCCCCAUGCGGUUCGGAAUGAAUUACCUUUGACUAGGGCCGACGCCGUGGCCCAAGGCAGAACGGGUCCCACCGUCGAGGACGUCGAGGAGUUCCACUACAAUGUUCGGAUCGCAACCGCGAGGGGCCCACUUCCUCCCUCUAUCAUUAGACCACCCAAUCAUCAUUUCGACAGGGAACCAAUGGGAGUGGGAGACGGCCUUGCUCAAGGAAGCCAGCGUUACGACAGCGAUUGGUAUCGACUCGUAGCUUGCCAUGAUAUCCGCGUUGACAAUGAGUGCACCCUGCGAGGGGUGAUUUAUACCCCGGGUUCCAUGACCGGGAGUUGGGAGGGGCGUCUCAUGCGAGCCGACUUCGCCCUGUACGAGGCGUUACUUCGCUCCCAGACGACCCCGUCUACGAUCUCAAUACGACACACCCCGCUCUACUGGGAGCUCCGUGAGCACCACUGUUUAGCACCGAACGAGCCUCUCGAGCCCGGAUUGGAUGUGGAAAGCGGCGAUGACAUCCUGAAUGCGUGGCUGCCUCGAGGAGCGGUCUUCACCCAUCUGGAGGACGCACUCGAAGUCUUCGACCCCAACACAGGACACACUGCCCGAUAUGACACCUUCAUUCCCAGGAGCACGGCGCCCUAUUCGAAGCCAGCCAUGGCGAAGGUCGCAGAGUCUAAGACCUGGAUCUCGGAAGGGGAGAUUGCCGAGAAUCCCAUUCGGUCGGUUUUUGGCUCGACAGGGAAUCCGGAUUCCUGUCCGCCGUCUCCCAGCACCACCGCCGCCGCGUUGUCGUUCUCCAUCGACAAUGAUGACGAGUUUGUUGAUACAGUGAGUCACCUUUCCAGUGGGGUCUCCGAUAUCUUAAUUACCGGAAAAACUGGCGAGCGUUACGCGCCAGCGUGGGGGGACUACACAAUAUAUGGACGAGUAAGACCGUGGGAUGGUCUCGUUGCUCUUCUACGCUUCCCGACCAACCCGGAGGAACGGUAUUUAGGCACCUGGGUUUUCAAGGGAUACCUCCACGACAAAAACUUUGUGGGUCGUUGGCGAGAAACCUCGACGCCGGUAGAUCUCAUAGGUUACGAAGGGUCCUUCGUUGUGUACAGGAACGACCCAGUGUGUAGCACAUAG